AUGGCAGAAUCCUUAUCAUGGGAGCAACUCAAUUAUCCGGUACAGGAUUGGAUCCAGAGGGCGAUAGAAGUACUAGGAUUUGAUGCUAUGACGCCAGUUCAAGCAUCUACCAUACCACUGUUUUCACGGAAUAAAGAUGUUGUUGUGGAGUCGGUUACAGGGUCAGGAAAGACCGUUGCUUUUGUAGUUCCAAUUUUGGAAAGAAUCAUCUCAGAUGGCGCAAAUUCCACUGCGUUCAAGAAAGGCCAUUUUCAUUCAUUGAUCGUCACACCUACUCGUGAGUUAUCAAAUCAGAUUCAGUCAGUGAUCCAGUCGUUCUUGGAUCACUACCCGGGCGAUUCAUAUCCUAUAAAGUCUCAACUUCUAGUGGGCACAAGCCAAAAAACUGUGAGAGAUGACGUUACAAAAUUCCUUGAAGAAAGGCCGCAAAUUCUAGUCGGAACACCAGGGAGGGUCCUAGACUUUUUACAGAUGCCAUCCGUUAAAACAUUAUCAUGUAAUAUGGUAGUUCUUGAUGAAGCAGAUCGGCUUCUAGACAGUGAUUUCUUCAAAGAUGUGGAAAAAAUAUUACGAACACUACCGAAGCAAAGAAGAACUGGUCUUUUCUCGGCUACUAUUAGCGAAGCUGGUAAUCAAAUUUUCAAGACAGGUCUAAGGAACCCAGUUAAAGUCACAGUGAACUCGAGUAAAAAAGGGCCGGCAUCUUUAGGUCUUUUCUAUACGGUGAUUGACCCUCAGGAAAAAUUACUACAACUGAUCAACAUUUUGAACAACUACAAAUUCAAGAAGUGCAUCGCUUAUUUCCCUACAUGCAUAUCGGUGACAUUCUUUUACUCUUUCUUGCAAUACUUGCAAAGAGAGAAGAAACUUUUGAGCGAUGAAGUCAUGGUUUACUCGCUACAUGGAAAGCUACAGACAGCCUCAAGAAUGAAAACACUAGAAAAUUUCACUGAUACAGUUAAUAAGGCUGUGUUAUUGACGACUGAUGUGGCAGCCAGAGGGAUUGAUAUCUCUGACGUUGACUUAGUUGUGCAGCUGGACCCGCCAACAGAUACAAGCGUACUUCUACACAGAUGUGGGAGGACAGGAAGAGCGAAUAGAAUUGGUAAAGCGAUCACUUUUAUAAACGAGGGCAGAGAAGAGGAUCUUAUUCCAUUCCUGGAAGUGAAAGAUGUUCACUUACAAAAGAUGACACUGAAGAAAGAUGAAUUACUUAAGGAAGGAAUUUAUGAAGUGUUUAAAGAAUGGAUAUUGCAGGAUAGAGCAAGGUUUGACCUUAGCGUUAGAUCUUACGUUGCCUUCAUCAAAUAUUACUCAAAGCAUUCAGCCAGCUCAAUUUUUAGACUUCAAUCACUAGAUUAUGUGGGUUUGGCAAAAAUGUAUGGUUUAUUCCGUUUACCCCGGAUGCCUGAGAUAACGAAAUACUUCAAGAGCGAUACGAUCAAAGAUGGAUGGCUCGUCGACCAGCCCAUCGACAUGGAUCGUUUUGCGUAUAAGGAUAAGAAACACGAGGCUGCAAGAUUGGAAAAACUGAAGGACCUGGAGAACAUAAAAGACAAGAAGAAACUCAAAUUCGAGCUGAAGAAGAAAAACAUGGCAUGGUCCAAUAAGACUGAGAGUAAGGAGACAAAGGCCGAGAGGAAGAUGAAAGUUGAAUUGAAGAGGAAAGCGAUUGAAGAACAAAUUGAAAAGGAAGAAGGAAAUGCACGAGACGAAGUUACCGAAGAUUGGAAGGAUAUAGUGCUGAAGAAUAAAAAGAGGAAACAGAUGCAGAGUAGCGGUGGAAUGCAGGGAAGUUUCGAUGACUUGUGA